AUGGCGGCGGCCGGGGCCCCGGAUGGUCUCCCGCCUGCCAUGCAGAAGGUCAUGUAUAAGGGACUUGUCCCUGAAGAUAAGACAUUGAGAGAAAUAAAAGUGACCAGUGGAGCCAAGAUCAUGGUGGUUGGCUCCACCAUAAAUGAUGUUUUAGCAGUGAACACACCCAAAGAUGCUGCUCAGCAGGAUGCAAAGGCCGAAGAGAACAAGAAGGAGCCUCUCUGCAGGCAGAAACAACACAGGAAAGUGUUGGAUAAAGGAAAACCCGAGGAUGUGAUGCCUUCUGUGAAGGGUGCCCAGGAGCGCCUGCCAACAGUGCCCUUGUCUGGCAUGUACAAUAAGUCUGGAGGAAAAGUGAGACUCACCUUUAAGCUAGAACAAGACCAGCUAUGGAUCGGCACUAAAGAGCGCACUGAGAAGUUGCCCAUGGGCUCCAUUAAGAACGUGGUGAGUGAACCCAUCGAAGGGCACGAGGACUACCACAUGAUGGCAUUUCAAUUGGGCCCCACGGAAGCCUCUUACUACUGGGUGUACUGGGUUCCAACUCAAUAUGUGGAUGCAAUCAAGGACACUGUGCUGGGAAAAUGGCAGUAUUUUUGAAAGCACUUUCACCUCUGGCCCAGGAGACUGACCCAAAGUGAAGGACAUUGCCGGGAGAGGCCUGCAGCACCCCUGGAUUUCCGAGUUCUGGAACUUUGUUCACAAAACUCAUCUGUUCAAUCUGAGGCGAUGUGCUGACUGAAGCCAGAGGUGAUGUACUUUCACCAUAGCUUAAUUUUAACUUAAAAUCACCGGUUCCUUUUCUUGCAGUCAGCUUCAGACCAUUUUUAAAGUCCAUAUGGUGGAAAUCAAUAAAUCUGAAUUCCGAACA